CCCCCGGCGGCGUCUAGCGGCCCCGGGCCCAGGCGCGAUGGUGCAGCAGCGGGGCGCGCGGGCCAAGCGGGACGGGGGGCCGCCGCCCCCGGGGCCCGGGACAGCCGAGGAGGGGGCGCGCGAGCCCGGCUGGUGCAAGACCCCGAGUGGGCACAUCAAGAGACCAAUGAAUGCGUUCAUGGUGUGGUCGCAGCACGAACGGCGAAAGAUCAUGGACCAGUGGCCCGAUAUGCACAACGCCGAGAUCUCCAAGCGCCUGGGCCGCCGCUGGCAGCUGCUGCAGGACUCGGAGAAGAUCCCGUUCGUGCGGGAGGCGGAGCGGUUGCGCCUUAAGCACAUGGCGGAUUACCCAGACUACAAGUACCGGCCGCGCAAAAAGAGCAAGGGGGCGCCCGCCAAGGCGCGGCCCCGCCCCCCCGGCGGCGGUGGCAGCGGCAGCAGCCGGCUCAAGCCCGGGCCGCAGCUGCCGGGCCGCGGGGGCCGCCGAGCGGCGGGAGGGCCCUUGGGGGGCGGCGCGACAGUGCCCGAGGACGACGAUGAGGACGACGAGGAGGAGCUGCUGGAGGUUCGCCUGGUGGAGACCCCCGGGCGUGAGCUAUGGAGAAUGGUCCCGGCGGGGAGGGCCGCCCGGGGCCCCGCGGAGCGCGCCCAGGGACCGUCGGGCGAGGGGGCGGCAACCGCUGCUGCCUCCCCAACACCAUCGGAGGACGAGGAGCCGGAGGAAGAGGAGGAGGCGGUGGCAGCAGAGGAAGGCGAAGAGGAGACAGUGGCGUCGGGGGAGGAGCCUCUGGGCUUUCUGUCCAGGCUGCCCCCUGGACCCGCCGGCCUGGACUGCACCGCCCUGGACCGCGACCCAGACCUGCCGCCUGCCUCGGGUACGUCGCACUUCGAGUUCCCGGACUACUGCACCCCCGAGGUUACCGAGAUGAUCGCUGGGGACUGGCGCCCGUCUAGCAUCGCCGACCUGGUUUUCACCUACUGAGCCCACCGUCAGCGGGGCGCGCACGCCCCCAAACCAGCUGUUUACAUACAGGAAUCAGGUAUUGGGGCCCCUCGGAGGCCGAGGCUGGCACCCCAUCUUCCGCGCAGCCUCCCCCCUCCUAGACGUGCCCUUCCCCCCUCAGAUCCAGACAUGCCCCACUCCCGCAGACACACCCCAGGGCUACCCAACCCCCACCCAUUCUGUGACAUCCUAGCCCCACCCAUCUUGCCCCCUCCCGCGCAGCCACCAGCAGCCAGCCCCCCUCCGAUUCACCUCCCUUUUCUCUCCUACGGACCUGCACCCCUCCCCCAUUUUGCACACGCCCUUCCUCGUGGCCGGAGGACACGCCCCGUCCCUUGCUCCAAAAUCCCUCCGCCUUCGUUCAGCACCCCCCCCCCCUCGCUUUUCGGUUAGGUGGGCGCUCCGUUUGGGCGGCACCGCGCGCUCCUCCCACGGGAGGGGGGAGGGGCGCGCUCCUUUUCCCCCUGGCGUGCUGGGUCCCGCCCCCCUUCUCGCGCAUGCUUAAUGCUUCUUGGGAGGAGGGGGCUGGCCCUGGUUGAGCCGCACGCCUCCGCCCGCUGCUUGGGGGAAAAAGGGCAGCGUUGGGGAGCGAUCCUGAGAAAUCCUUAGAUGCGGGAGCCCUCAGCCUCCUCUCAACUCUAUCGGGCGUCACUGCCUUAAUGGGAGGAGCACUCAGAGGGGGAGAAAGAGACUAGUUGGCCCGAAAGGAUACGUUUGGAGCCUGGAACUCUUCCCGGUGGCAAAUCCCCACUUCUCUUACCGGGUCGCCCACACUCACCCACGCGCAUUACCCCUGACUGCGUGACUCUCCCCACAGCUUAUCUUGGUCUCCAGAAACGUCUCCUUACUCUACCAAGGGGAGAAGGGGCUGCUCAAGAAAAUGCAGAACAAAAACACCUACCAGUCUGGGGACAGGGUCCCUUGCGCCUUCUGCACACACACACACCCCUCGGGAAACGCCCUGUCACCUCAGGGCACCCUUCCAACCAGGGCCCCUGCCAAAGUCCCCUUCCCCGCCUCCUUCCUAUCACUCAAGUUCUCCUCGAUACCCACAGCGGCAGCAUUCACUGGAAGAAACAGGCACGUUGGUACUAGGGGACGGAGGUAUGAUAGCAGACAGGGUGGCCCGAAAAUCCCUGUUAAACAGAGCCAGUUUGAGAGGGGUCAUCGGCCCGGCCCAGUGACAUUGAGAUGGUGGGUUCAGAGAGCCGCGGUGGGAGGAUGAGGAGGACAUUGUGUCCUCUUCAGGGUACCCUGGGGCCCUGCCCCUGGUGCUGUUACCCCGCUCAGUCCACUCCCCCGCCCCUCCGGCCUCCCACACUCCCCCUGCCCUCACUACCUGUAUCUCACCGGCGGUGUGUUCAUCCUCCCGGGGUGACACACACACUCAUACACACACACAAAUCUCAGGAACAAACGGUCCUAGAGUCCUUCGGGACCCCUGUCCAGGGUCCCUGCAGGUCUCUGCCCCACGCGUUCCCUUCGCUGACAAAGCCACCAGCUGCCUCCUUUAAGCUUGGUGCUCCGGCUCUGGGCCUUUCUCGCGCGCGCUCUCUCUCUUUCUCUCUCUUUUUUAAGAAAAACAAUAACAAAAAAAGACAAUGAAAAAAAAAAAGAAAACGUCAUGUGAGUGAAGAGGUGUCACUGUUUGUGGUCAUGGAGAACUAGUCUCGUAGCUGAGGGGAGGGGGCCCUCUCUCUGGGGCACUGGCACCCACAGCAGGACUUUGGCCAGUCUGAUGCCAGGACUGAAUAAAGUGUAUUUGCCCUGAC